AUGGGACCAUGGUGUAUCUGUCAUUCGUCCUUCUCUGGUGAUUUGCUGGUCAUGAUGAGAUAUGAUUCAGAUAAUCCUACCAUUAAUUCAGAGGUGAAAUUCAUUCGGUAUAAUAGCAAAGUGCAACCAGUACAAACCAUCCACUAUGACAGCUCAGGCCAGCAACUAUAUCGUGAACCAUUCUAUAUCACGGAAAACCACAAUGGAGAUAUUAUUGUGUCUGAUAGAAGGGAGGGUGUGGUGGUCACAGACUAUAAAGGAAAAUAUCGUUUCACUUACAAUGAACCACCUAAUGAAAUGCCAUCUGGAUUCUUUAUGCCAAGUGGAAUCUGUGUAGAUGCACUCUUAAAUAUUCUAAUCUGUGGCCGAUUUGAUUUCGCAAUAUACGUGAUCAACAAGGACGGUAAUCUCCUGUCCAUUAUAUCAACAAAGGAAUAUGGGAUUAUUGAGCCAUUGGGUCUGGGAUAUGACGAAAAAAAUCAUCUUGUUUGGAUGGGAUCAGGCCAGAAAAACAGACUCUGUGUAUUCAGACAUAUACAACGACGAGAUUAUCUUGCAUAA